CCAGGAAAGGCAAACCCGGAAGCCUUGGCUCGCGGCAACCAAAGACACCAAAGAUCGUGUCCUAUCGGCUCAUCUUUAUUGAUUCCAGGCCCAGUUUUGACCAGAACAAAGCAGAUGAGGAACCGAGUCCGAGGCAAUGGAAUGGCUAUCUGCUCAGGAGCCGGGCGACUCAGAAGAUCAAGGUGGCCCGGCCCAGACGGACGUAUGUGCUACUCAACUUUCUGAAGAGAUCCCCAGGUCCUGCACAGAUGAGGUACUGAGUUCUGGCUCCAUCAGCUCCUCCAGAGAGCAGCAAUCUUGUUCCCACACUUCCGAGAGCCCACCAGAGAGCGAGAAGGCAAGUACAAGUUCAGAAGAACAAGACGAGCAGCCAGAACUUUCAGUCUUACAGAAGCUUGAAAAUAAGCUGAGUGAGAAGUGGAUCAACCGCAUCAAAACCAAAGAAAUUUAUUCCGAAAGACACCCAUCAGACAGCAGACUCCCAACAGAAACCCCGGUGGGAUCUGCUGAAGAACUGAAUGCCCUGCAGUCAUUUUGUACUAGUAAAGUAAACCUGAUUCACCAGAGAGAGGGUUCAAGAGCCAAGAAAAGCAGCAGACACAAAAGGCUGCAGUUCAGAGGGAUUGCAGAGACUUCUCAGGAAGACGCCUUCAGCUGUGCUGUUCCUGAGGAACUGUUGAGCAGAGUCUGCCUGAAGAACACGAGGGCGACUCUAGCGCACAUAGGGGCUAUUAAACAACAUGUUUCUUCGCAGUGUCCCAGUUGCAAUAGCAAAAGGGCAGAGCUGGCUCGCUCUGACUUCCUGAAACGAAAGAAGACACUACUGGAGUCGCUUCUCCUCCAAGAGAAAAUAGACGAACACCUUCAUACCACAGACCUUCUCACCCGUGUUGGAGAAGCACAUCAUGGCUUCCCCAGGCUUUCAGAUGAUCCUAGGAUCAUCUGGGAGAGACUGACUAGGAAAAUUCAGACGGGAAGCUCUGGCUUUGGAAAGGUAGAUUCAAAGCAGGUGUAAGGUAGUCAAGUACUCUCCCACUUCUCAAAUCACCUAUCCAUCCAGAUAGGAGGCUCCUAAUGAUGAUAUAUAAUGUGUCCAAGCAGGGGAUGGUGACUAUUCAUGAUAACAAUGUGGUAUUCAUACAUGUUCCUUUUGCAUAUUUGAGUAAUUGCCAUCUUUUACAGAGGAAAUUUAGAAACCAAUGUAAAGUUUUCUUCUGCCUCCUUCACGGAGCAAAUUCCGUGCAAUAGUUUUUUCACACUAUCAAAGACAAUUGGAGUAGUUACAAAACCUUUAUAGUCUAGGAGAACGAUACAUAUUGGUAGUUUGGAGUGGUGGUUGACAGUCCAGAAAGAAAGAAAUAAACAGAUGUAAGAUAGUUAGGAAGCGUGGUUGGCUGGUUUUGUUGAUGAAAUGGCUUCGGGGAUUUAAUAAAAACUACAUGUUAAAACGCA